ACUUCCGGUCGGUUCCAUCGUCCUAGUUCCUGGUUGCGUUACAUCCAUUGAAAGGAAAAGGAUUAUUUUCCCGUUGAAACCCAUAAAUUGUGUACAUCCAAUGGAUAAGAUUUGUCGCAGUCAGCUACCGGAUUCAUCAUCAUCCCCCACCCCUCAGGUGCCUGUGAAUGUUAUUUAUGGCUGUCGUGAUCUAAAGUGAUUAAGAAGCUUAUAGUGACUGAAUUGGUGUAGAUAUCCACUAUUGAUUAGCAUUAAAGAAAACUAAAAUCAAUUAAAAGUGCUUGCUCUCGAGUGAUUUUAACCCUCAUUAAUAUUCAAUCUACUUAUCUCCAUUGUCUGCUUACUUUGGAAAUUGCUCGCUGGAAACGGGAUUUAUCUUAACGCGACACGUGUGCUUCCAACAAAUAAAAAAAACCUACCAAUAUAUUAACAUACAAAAUUUGAAACGAUGAUGAUGGCAACUGUCGGCAUGUCGGCCUACGAUAGUGGGCUUAAUUUUCAUAGCUUCGAUGAGGAUUUGAUCUCGGAUUUGCCCUCGUGUGUGUAUGCAAAUCAUCACCAGCUGGGAAUGGCCGCUGCCGCCGCCAGUACGGCUUCGACCAGCGGGGCCGGAAGUUCCAAUCUGCGGCUGAAUACCAACAGUCUGCGGCAGAUUCAGCAUCAGUAUCUGCAUCAUACAGAAUGCCUGGACUCCCCGAACUCGGCAAGUCCGUCUUUGGCCACAUCUAUGGGAAGUCACCCAUACAAUCCAUCGGCCCCGUACAAAAUCCAGCGCCAACAGACGAGUACGGUCCGAGAGCGCAAACGUGUGAUGCGUUCUGCUCCCAACGGCAGCAUAAACGCCGCAUUUGAUGAACUGCGUGGCCACGUGCCGACAUUUCCGUACGAGAAGCGUCUCAGCAAGAUCGAUACGCUUCGGCUGGCCAUAGCCUACAUUGCACUGCUCCGUGAAGUUCUUGAGGCCGAUUACGAUCCCUUGACCUACGUUGAAAAAUGCCUUCGAGGAGAAAUUAAAACUGACCGAGCCAACUGGAAUACGAGUGAUUUGACGGCGCGGUUAUCGUGGAUCAACUGGGAGAAUUUGGGAGUGCAUCCCGGUCGGCGCACUAUCUUGACCUCGCUUGCGUUGGGAUCUUCAUCCGAGAGCUACAGCUGUGGGCCUCCGCCUCAUUUGAUUUGAGGAGACGCCCCGAAUCUACCAACUCUGAUGGGAUACCCCAGCAAUUGGUAGCCAGCGAUUGACCAAGUCUUCCCUGUUCCGAACUAAAAUAAAAAUGUGAAGAGUAGCGCUCACUAAUAAUCCCUGUACUCACCGUCUAGUCCUAAGCGAAGUUGUAGUUUUAUCGAUUGAAUUAAUGUGAUAUUUUUGUUUUCAUUCGGGUUUUUUUAUGAUUUAGUUAUUAAUUUAUCAAUGAAUAAUUAAAAUGUAUCUAGUCUGUUUUUAAAAAGCGUAUUUGUUAACACAAGAAACAUAACUCCUUUC